AUGAGUGAACUGGGCACGCAGAAGGCUGGUGAAGGCACGGUGUCUCGCCUGCUCAAUGUGGUGGAAAGUGAGCUUCAGGCGGGGAGGGAGAAGGGAGAUCCUACAGAGAAGCAACUUCAGAUCAUCCUGGAAGAUGCCCCACUCUGGCAGAGGUUCAAGGAAGUCACCAAUGAAAUGAUCGUGACCAAGAAUGGCAGACGGAUGUUCCCUGUGCUGAAGAUUAGCGUCACAGGGCUGGACCCCAAUGCCAUGUACUCCUUCCUGCUGGACUUUGUCCCGACAGACAGUCACCGCUGGAAGUACGUCAAUGGGGAAUGGGUUCCCGCAGGCAAGCCGGAGGUCUCCAGCCACAGCUGUGUCUACAUUCACCCCGACUCGCCCAACUUCGGGGCUCAUUGGAUGAAAGCUCCUAUCUCCUUCAGCAAAGUGAAGCUGACCAACAAGCUCACCGGAGGUGGGCAGAUAAUGCUGAACUCGCUACAUAAAUACGAACCUCAGGUUCACGUAGUGCGUGUUGGAGGUGCCCAUCGAAUGGUCACAAACUGCUCCUUCCCUGAAACCCAGUUCAUUGCUGUGACUGCCUAUCAGAACGAGGAGAUAACAGCUCUCAAAAUCAAGUACAACCCUUUCGCCAAGGCCUUCUUGGAUGCCAAGGAAAGAAACCACCUAAAGGACAUCCCGGAGGCUGUCUCUGAGAGCCAGCACGUGACCUAUUCUCACCUGGGAGGCUGGAUCCUUUCCAAUCCGGAUGGCAUGUGCACAGCAGGAAACACCAAUUACCAGUAUGCUACGCCUUUGCCGCUGCCUGCUCCCCACACCCACCACGGCUGUGAGCACUACCCUGGCCUCCGAGGACGUCGGCAGGCUCCUUACCCGUCUGCGUACAUGCAUAGAAACCAUGCUCCCUCAGUGAAUCUGAUAGAAAGCUCAAGCAACAAUCUACAAGUUUUCUCGGGACCUGACAGCUGGACUUCCUUAUCCUCCACACCUCAUGCCAGCAUCCUGUCUGUACCCCACACCAAUGGACCAAUCAAUCCAGGACCCGGUCCCUACCCAUGCCUGUGGACCAUCAGCAAUGGAGGCGGGGGCCCUGUGGCAUCGAGCCCAGAGGUGCAUGCCAGCACCGCAGGGACCUUUCUCCUUGGAAACCCUGCAGUCACUUCAGCUUCCUCCGUGGUCCCCACCCAAGCAACCACUUCAGCCGGGGUGGAGGUCCUGGGUGAACCUUCACUGACCAGCAUUGCUGUAUCCACCUGGACAGCAGUGGCCUCGCACCCCUUUCCAGGCUGGGGUGGCCCUGGGGGAGGAGGGCGUCAUUCCCCGUCUUCGCUGGAUAGUUAGACAGGCUCCUAGGAGCCUACAUCAGCAGAGAACUAUAUGUGUAGGUUCAUAGCAAUCGCAUCUGCUGAUUCCAGUGAGUUGGGCUGCAGGAUCUCUUCACCCAGAGGGCUGGAGGGCUGCAUGGUGACGCCAGAAGGCCUUCCAAAAAAGUGGCUUAGUUCGGGCGAUUUGGAUUUUACUCCUUGCAUCUCCACCAUUUCCCGUGGUUCCCCUGCUUUCUCUGCGCUUACCCCUGCCACGCUUAGGUUGUGAAGUCGGCUUUGUCCUUGCGCUCUGUCCACUGCUUCCUUUUCUCUGGAGUUAGUGCAGGGUUAGUUGUGAGGGAAGCUCAACCUUUACCUAGUGAGGCUACUGCGUCUUAGCUCUGCGCAGCCUUGGAAAGGGUGUGUGACCGUCAGGUCUGAGCUGCCUUCUGCUCUCAGACCCUCAGAUGUGAGCCCAUAAAGUUAACAACAGGAAGCUGGUGUUAAAGUCAAUCCCGUAUUGUUCGUAGACGUGUGUCUGAAAUCGAGGAAAUGAGGUCGACUCCCUCACCAGCUCAUAAUCAAUGGCUCCCCAUUUCCUACAGAAUGAGACUUCUGAAUGAGACUUUAGGUGAUACCAUGUAGCCCAAGGACAGCCCCUCAACCUCCAGCUUCAACUCCUUCCAUUAAGCUUGUAGCACCAGUCAAGCAGGCGGCCUUCCCGCCUCUGAACACUGCUGCAUUUGCCCUCCUCUGUGCCUGAAGUAGCUCUCGCUCCAGUCCACCUGUGUGAAUUGUACCUUCUUCCCCAGGACCUCCGGUGUCAGUCACCUGAGGUGAUGUGUGUCCCCUGCUCCCCCAUCUUUACCUCAGGCACAGAGCUCACGUCUUUCCGCCUUGUAUUUCUGUGAGCGUGUCUGUCUCCCUCGUCGACUGUACGCCUCCUGAGAGUGAGGCCCAGCCUUCCUGUCAUUGUGCCCAUAGCCCCUGGUAUUGUGCCUUGACUACCCUCGGUGC